AUGGACACCAUGCUCAAGAAAACACAAGGUCGGAAGAAAAUCGAGAUUAAGCGGAUAGAAAAUACGAGCAACAAACAAGUUACCUUCUCAAAGCGCCGCGCCGGAUUAUUCAAGAAGGCCGGUGAGUUGAGCGUGCUAUGUGGCGCUCACAUGGCAGUCAUCGUGUUCUCUAGUGCCAACAAGGUCUUCUGUUAUGGGCACCCCGACAUCCAUGCAGUGAUCGAGAGCUAUCAAAAUGGUCUCAGCUCUGUAGUCGGAGCUGAUGAUAAGGCCCAAGAGGUUCUCAUCGCCGAGUACAACAAAUUGUGUGAGGAGAAGCAUAAGGAGGAAGAGGAGUUGAAGAAGAAGAUGGCGGAGGCGAAAGCCGAGGCGAGUGAGAAGAAGACGAUGAUGGAAAUGGGAAUGACCGGGGUUCAAGUUCUUAAUGAGGGGUUUUGGUGGGAUGAGCCGGUGGAUUUGGUGAGGCUGGAGGAGCGAGAGAGGCAGAAGUACAUGAUGGCAUUGGAAACCUUGAGGAACAAGGUAGCUGAUAGGGCUCAUCACAAGAAGAUUAUGAGUGGGACUGUUGCAGGGACAUCUCUUCCUCCUGUUCAUCGACUUCAUAUGAUGGCACCCGAUAAUUGUUUCGGUACUGAUUUCGGUGAUCAAUUUGGGAACCAUGGUUUUGGGGUCUAG